AGAAAGAGUGAAUGCAGGGUCGGGGAGACCAGAUAUAGUGCAUGCAGGGAUCCAGGAGACCAGAUAUAGUGAAUGCAGGGUCUGGGGAGACCAGAUAUAGUGAAUGCGGGGUUCUGGGAGACCAGAUAUAGUGAAAUGCCGGGUCCGGGGGAGACCAGAUAUAGUGAAUGCAGGGUCCGGGGAGACCAGAUAUAGUGAAUGCAGGGUCCGGGAGACCAGAUAUAGUGAAUGCAAAAGGGUCCGGGGAGACCAGAUAUAGUGAAGUGCAAGGUCCGGGGAGACCGGAUAUAGUGAAUGCAGGGUCCGGGAGACCAGAUAGAGUGAAUGCAGGGUCCGGGGAGACCAGAUAUAGUGAAUGCAGGGUCCGGGGAGAGCGCAUAUAGUGAAUGCAGGGUCUGGGGAGAGCAGAUAGAGUGAAUGCAGGGUCCAGGGAGACCAGAUAGAGUGAAUGCAGGGUCCGGGAGACCAGAUAUAGUGAAUGCAGGGUCCUGGGAGACCAGAUAUAGUGUAUUGCAGGGUC